GCAAAAGAAGGCGACGGCGGCCUUUGACUACAUUUUCUCAUAUUAGAGCAAAUUUAAAAUAUUAAUAGUAGAUAGAAAUUAUGCCCACCAAUUGAGUUAUUCAGUUCUGUGGUUUAAAAGUGCUGUCGCUAAACAAAGCGAUUGUUAGAACAAAAGGUGUGCAAAAAACGCCGCUGCAAGUGCAAGUGUUUUCAAAGCGCUCGGCAGCGCUAUGCUGGCUCUCUUGACAAACGGAUGAUAAAGGCGCAUGGCGACAGGAUACGCGUUGACAGGAUAUUGAAGCACCUUAACCGAAAUCCAAAAAUCCAAACACACGGCGACCCACGCAACAGCGACGAUGACAGCAACAACAACAACAACGUCGGCGACCCGUGAAUUCGUCGAGGGAUGGACCCUGGCACAGACCCUAGGCGAAGGUGCAUAUGGCGAAGUCAAGUUGCUUAUAAAUCGACAGACGGGCGAGGCUGUGGCCAUGAAAAUGGUCGAUCUGAAGAAGCAUCCGGAUGCGGUGAUCUCCGUUCGCAAGGAGGUCUGCAUACAAAAGAUGCUGCAGGACACGCACAUCCUGCGCUUCUUCGGCAAACGUUCGCAGGGAGACGUGGAGUACAUAUUUCUCGAAUACGCUGCCGGCGGAGAGUUGUUCGAUCGCAUUGAGCCCGAUGUUGGAAUGCCGCAGCAUGAAGCGCAGCGCUAUUUCACACAGCUGCUGUCCGGUUUGAACUAUUUGCAUCAACGUGGCAUCGCUCAUCGUGACCUGAAGCCGGAGAAUCUGCUGCUGGACGAGCAUGACAAUGUGAAAAUCUCUGACUUUGGAAUGGCCACCAUGUUUAGAUGCAAGGGCAGGGAGCGGCUGCUGGACAAGCGUUGCGGCACUUUGCCAUAUGUGGCGCCGGAGGUGCUGCUGAAACCCUACCACGCACAGCCGGCGGACAUUUGGUCAUGCGGCGUCAUAUUGGUCACAAUGCUGGCGGGUGAGCUGCCUUGGGAUCAGCCAUCGGCUAGCUGCCUGGAAUUCACCAAUUGGAAGGACAACGAUCGCUGGCAAACGCAGACACCGUGGAGCAAACUGGAUACGCUGGCCAUAUCGCUGCUGCGCAAAGUGCUCGCCAGCAGUCCGGGCGGGCGACUGACGCUCGAGAAGAUCCUCGAUCACAAGUGGUCCAACAUGCAGUUUGCAGAGCAUGAUCGUUCCUAUGAUUUGGUUGACUCGGCGGCCGCCAUGGAGAUUUGCUCGCCGAAGGCCAAGAGGCAGCGACUGCAGUCCAGUGCACAUCUCUGCAAUAACCUGGAUGAUUCGGUGUCACGCAACUAUUGUUCACAGCCCAUGCCCACAAUGCGCAGCGACGAAGAUGGGCAGGUGGACGAGGCCAGACAGACGCUGGCGCAGGAGGCACGUCUCACCUACUGCUUCUCGCAGCCGGCGAUGCUGGAUGAUCUGCUGCUGGCCACCCAAAUGAAUCAGACGCAGAACGCAUCGCAGAACUACUUCCAGCGCUUGGUGCGGCGCAUGACGCGCUUCUUUGUGACGACGCGCUGGGACGAUACGAUCAAGAGGCUGGUGGGCACCAUUGAGCGACUGGGCGGCUAUACGUGCAAAGUUAGUGAUGAGGGCGUGGUGACCAUCUCCACGAUUGAUAGGCGAAAGUUGCGCUUGGUCUUCAAGGCGCACAUCAUUGAAAUGGACGGCAAGAUACUCGUCGACUUCCGUCUGUCCAAGGGCUGCGGCUUGGAGUUCAAGCGUCGUUUCAUCAAAGUCAAGAAUGCCCUGGAGGAUAUCCUGCUCAAGGGACCAACGACUUGGCCCAUUGCGAUCGCAACGAAUUCGGUGCCUUAGUUUAUAGUUUUUAAACAAUCUCUAUUAGCUCUCACUUGUGCUAAACUAUUUUUAAUCACACAUCUUACUGUUACAUUUUUAACAUCACUUUAUAAUGGCAGGCAUAGAUUUUAAGUACAUUCGAAAAGCUUUCAGUUUUGUUAAAUGUUGAAUGAGUAUUUUAAUGUAGUUAGUUAAACGUUAUGAAACAAUAAAUUGACACUGAUUUUAUAUAAA